AUGGCUGAGGCACAGCCAGCUGUGGCGGAUGGCAAUCAGAAGCUGUUUCCCUGUGAAGUCUGUGGGAGACGCUUUGCAGCAGAUGUCCUGGAAAGACACGGACCAAUAUGUAAAAAACUAUUCAACAAAAAACGCAAACCCUUCAAUUCCUUGAAGCAAAGAUUACAGGGAACUGACAUUCCCACUGUGAUUAAGCCUCCUCAGUCCAAGGUUCAACCCGUGAGGAAAUCUAACUGGAGACAACAGCAUGAGGACUUCAUCAAUGCAAUUCGAUCAGCAAAAGAAUGCACUCUAGCCAUUAAAGAGGGCAGGCCCCUUCCCCCUCCACCCCCUCCAACCAUCAACCCAGAUUAUAUUCAAUGCCCAUAUUGUAUGAGGAGGUUUAAUGAGACCGCUGCCCAGCGACACAUUAAUUUCUGCAAAGAUCAGUCUUCCCGACGCGUAUUCGAUCCAGCCCAAACAGCAGCUAGGCUGGCCUCCAGAGCUCAGGGUAAGGCCCCGGCAAGUCCCAGAAAACAGCCCACUGUUACGAGUGCUGUGGGAACGCUGCUGCAGAGCAGGGCUAUGGAGACCAAGAAUGACGUCACGGCCAGUUCAAAGAUGUGCCUACAGGACUUCAGCAUACACUGCCCUGUGACUCAGGAUCCCUCUCUGAAUGCUGGUACAGCAUCCCUCAGUAGCUUCAGCCAUGCUUUAAGGGGCAACUGGGAGUCACGUGACUCCAACCACUGCUCUGGAAGGAUGACACCACAAGAAAUCUGUCGCCAGAUGCAGGCACCCUGA